AUGUCAGCUGAUCGUCAGCAGGCCACCCUUGGAAAAGGGAGCUCGUUUUUCGUUUGUCAGGCAUCGCUGCAGUGGAAGACGGCUUGGCGGUUGAUUUACUCGCCACGCUUGAAUGGAGUAUCACUGAAGACAUUUUUCCGAAGGAUGCAAGGAGAGGGCCCAACCCUUCUGCUUCUCCAGGAUCACAAGGGGCAUGCUUUCGGAGGCUUUGCCUCCUCUGCCUGGCACAUUACCGACAGGUACUACGGAACCGGGGAGAGCUUCGUAUUCCGUUUCAGGCAUCCUAUGCCGAAGCCAGUGGUAUCACUGGCACAGCAGAUGCAGCAUUUGAGCGCCAACAAGCCUGAAGCCAAGUCAGAUGCCAGCCACUCUGCGCAGCAAGCGGUGGAUGAGGCUGUUAAGCUUCUGGAAUCCUGGCGUCCCAAGGUGAAGGAACACGCCCAGAAGUCGGAGCGCGAGGUGUUACAGAGCGACUGCAUCACUUCUGCCACAGAGGACCUCAUUGCCGAAAAGCUGGAUGACUGUGUUGAGCUGCUCUUGACGAAAUCCUGGGUGCGGGCGCGCUUCCGCUUGAGCCGCCACCGAGGGCCGCAGCUGCUGCUGCCGUACUUAGCCAAGAUACCCUGUCAAGCCUUGGCUGCCGUCUGCAAGCAUGAGAGUGGAAGGAUUGUCGUUUCCUGUCUUCAGUUCCUGAUGAUGUAUCGAUCUUCCGCCCUUCUAGGGCUUACCGUUUGGCUGGUGUCUGGGCGUGUGUUUUCAAGAGCCACCGAUGACGCCAGCUGUGCAUCUGCUCCCUCUUCCGGGCAGUCUCCAUCCCUUCUGGCGGUGAAAGCAGAAACUCAUUCGAUCGCCGGCCUGGACAUCGAAGAUGCAACGGCGGUGAACUCUACGAAUGCGAGCAAUGUGUCUGCCAAUGUGACGUUGGACGGGCUGGUCAAACACAACAUCCAGGACAACAUGAACGAGAUCAACUCGCUGCCGAACUUGGAGAACCGGAGCAAUGAAACCAACGCAAGCAAAAUCACCGGUGGAAACAGCACAAAGAAGACGACGACCAACGGCACAUCGGUGAACGGCACGAAUGGUACCUCUGGAGCCGCUGGCUCUACUCGACCUCGGCACGGUUUCGGAGAGCUCGCGGUGAACUUGGAGUUCAUCCAGCUGAAGUUGGCGCAGCUGGAGACCGUCGCGGAGCUGCAGCAAGCCGAGAUCCACAAGCUCCUCCAGAAGGUCGACGAGCAGGACAAGGAGAUCAAAAGUCUGAAGGCCCAGGCCGGCUCGGAAACGGAGCCGACACCGAGCUUAGCCCAGGAAGCGCAGAGGGAUCGCGUGGAAGAGGCCCAGUCCGUUUUCAAGAAGGUGGUGCAGAAGCAUCUGCACCAAAGGCAGAAGCGAGAGUUUGUCACGCCAUUUUCAGGCAAAGCCACGCCUUCCUCGCCGAAACCUUCGAAGGCUCGGGACGAGGCAAUGAUGCAGCGUUCAUCGCAUGCUCGAGGCAACCUCACUUCCCUGGACACGGCGGUGGCUGCCAAGUGGUCCCCAGACGACAUCGUGCAGACUGUGAGUAAAGUUGGCGGUGCUGCGCUUGGCACCAUUACGGAUGGAACUGGCAUGAUUGGAGAUGCCCUGGGUGAUGCUUAUGAGCACGCUUCAGACCAGAUUUCCUUCGUCGCGAACACUGUCAUCGACACUGUGGAGAUGGCCGUGACCAUCCUCCUUCGUGGAUUUACGGACUGGGAUGCUGCUUGUCCUGACAUGGAGUGGCCCCGCAUGACCGUGAACUCCAAUGGGCUCUACGUGGACUGGGGCAAGCAGUACUGCUACAUCAGGCUUAUGGGCCAGAGCAUCACGCUCCUGAACUUCGACUUCGGGGAAACGAAUCUUAAUUGGCCGGAGCCUAUCAAGACAGUCACACGCUAUGGCCUCGAGCCCAUUAAGGCGGUGGUGAAUAUCGGCCGCGAGGUCGUUAGCUGCGCCACGGAGGGAUCUGUCACCGACGUCUUUAAGUGCUUCGGCAACAAGUUGCUGGAAGUUCCGCCACUGAACUUCCUGAAUCGCAUCGGUGACAUGAUUCAGGAGUUCAUUGAGGUAUUCGCCCACAUUGCCACCGCUGUCAUCAACACCAUCCUGAAGGACAGCAGCUCGCUAAUUCAGAAUGCCGUGAACUCAAGCUUCCCAGCUGUCGGAGCUCCACCCGCGGUGCACCAUUCGGGGAGGAAUCUCGUUGUGAAGACUCACGCGCAACGCCGCCCCGGUUCCCAGAGCUCCCAGCCUGCGCAGGGCUCGUCGGGCCCAAUGGGCGCUGUGCAGGUGGAUGCGAAGCGUCAGCGCGCCAAGGGGGGCGAUGACGACGACGACGACUCGGAUGGUGGCAUCACUUUUGAGAUCCACGACAACGCGGAGAACUACGCCACGAAGCUCAUAACACAGUUUGGUGGCAAGGAGAUCGACACCAGCAGCUGCUUAGCUUUUGCGCCGAAGACUCGUCGGGGUACCAACAACAAGGCCAGGACGAGAAAAUCCCUCCUGCAGCAGAGCACCUAUAGGGACCUAGAGCAGUUCCACGCCAUGACAGCAGAGCAGCUUCAGGUGACGCAGCGUGAUUGGCAAGUUGGCGCUGGACAGGAUUUCAUCCAACUGGAGCCCUGGGCAGUUCCAUGUGACAACUCCUGGAUGCAGGAAAAUCCUGACAAGUGGGAGGGCUAUUCCUUCUAUACAUGGGAAUCUGCCAUCGAGAAGUGCGUGACCGUGAGCUACAGCAUGUCCACGCAGCCUGUGCUGGCCUUCGUUGGGGGCUUGGAGUUCGACCUACUCCCAUCACCGCUGACAGAGAUGGAGACGACAGUGUGUUGGCCGGACAAGCAGCCGGGUGGCGUUGACCUCAGCGUCCUUCGCACGGUGAUCCUGUCCGGGG